UAUGUCUAUUUAAUUUUAAAUGCAGAAAGUUGAACAGAGAGAGAAAGAAUGAAACACAUAUAAAAAAGUAUAUAUGUAUAUAUUCUCCACCUCGGUUCAGUUCCAUUCAGUUCGUUGUUCGUUCCAGUACGAAACAGUAAUAGAGAGAUUGUUAAAUAUAUUUCAGUGUAAAAUUUGACAACAGUUAAAAAAAAAUGAUACACGGAAUUCUUUAUAAUGCACAUUCGUCGUUAGUAAUAAAUUUAAGGAAAAAUAAGCAUUAUAAAAAAUCUGUACACGAUAACGAAUGUGAAAGCUCGUAUACGAUCAUACAAGAUAUUUGAGAUCUAAUCAAAAGUUAGGUUAGAUGAACAAUAUGGUGGAUUAGAGAGAAAGAGGGGACUUUUUCGUCGGACACACACGCAUUCUUCGAAUUAAGGGUAUUGUUUCAGUCGGGCAUUCACAAUUGUAUUCAAGCAAAUCUGCAUCUUUAUCAAUUUGUCCUUCUAUCGGCCGUCUUAUCGUCGACACGUGCAAUUUCCGAUUAUGUGAAAGUUGCAAUAGUAUCUCAGUUCCUUGCAACAUUUUUUUCACGGACAUAUUCAAGUAUAGAUAAAGUAUAGAGAUUAUAGAAUACCAUAUUAUAUGUGAUAAACAUUCUAGCCAUAUAAUUGAAAUAGUACAGUUCUGCCAAUUACGUCAUACUAUUUGCUCGAACAUAUUAUGUCACACUUUCUAUCAGAAUUGAAUUGAAACAAAUUGCGGUAAUGAUAUUAUUGAAGUAAUCCUACGAGUUGGUGAGCAACAUGAACAAUACAAAUGAUAAAGAAGAUGACAAUCCAACGGAUGUAAAGCAAAGUGAAAAAAUGAAAACUACUAGCAAGAUAUAUGUGAAACAACCUCAUGAGAUACUCAAGGAUUCCGCGUUGAAAAAUACCAAUGAUGACGUGCAACGUGCAAUCGAGGGUCUUAAGGAGAUACCAGAUGAAGAAUUGCAAGAGUUCCUUGAUGAUGAAGACUUUAUGGAAGGAUUGGACGUCGUUGAUGCAUGGGAAGGAGAUGAAGAGAGAAAUCGCGAGAAUGAUCAAGAUAAGACAAAUGCUGUGGAACGAAAAGAGAGACGAUCCUCUAGGGAACGCCAUCGUCCUGAGCCUAAAGGAUCUUACGGCCGUGUAAAGCCGAAGAAAGAAGAAAGGAAAGAAGAGAGGAAACGCGAGGAGAUUCGUCGAGACCCUUUGAAAAGCACGAAGGAUAUCGAACGGGAUAAGAUACGAACGAAGAGAGAUACUGAGAGUAAACUCCUUGCCGAAAAGGAGAAGGCGAUUAAGCAUUUGCUUGAUUCGGACAAUGUAGUCCCACCUGGUACGGAAGCUGAAGCCAUUCAGAGCCUCACGGAGGAACAGAAUAGGGAACGAGCGCAGCGCGAAGCGCAACGAAGCAGGGAACAUCGCAGGAGCAAAUCGUUUGAUCGUUAUUCCAGACCGAGUCCAGUACGACGUAGAACUCCUGAUAGACUUCGGCCAAGUCCCCAUCGAAGAAGAAGUCCUUUUGUAGCAAGUCCGGAACGUCGUAGAAGCCCUUACCGAACGAGCGCGGAGAGACAUAGAAGUCCUCACCGAUACAGCCCAGGCAGACGAAAAAAUUCACCGCGAUACUUUUCCGAUCGAAGAAGUCCCGUCAUGUUAAGUCCAGAUCGACGAAGAAGUCCUAGACGACUUAGCGGAGAACGACGAUCCAGCGUAGAUAGAAAGUGGAGCGUUGAACGAUCGCGAAGGAGACGCACUGAAUGGAUACAUGAACGCCGGAGAAGUCGAUCUCAUGAUCGGAGGAGCCGCAGUACGGAACGUCUGAGAAGACGCUCGAGCCGUUCGCCAGCAAGUAGACGAUACAGUCCCCGUCGCCGAAGUCGCACACGUACGCGCAGCAGAUCGGUGGAGAAGCGCACGAGGAAGCGUUCACCCUUCAUCAACGAACUGGCGAGACAACUAAGAAACGAAGCGAUGAAGCCGACUGGUGUGAGCAGCAGUGGAUACCCAGUGCCACCCGCGACGAUGGAAGGAAUUGCACCACUGCUUAAUCCACCUGUGUAUCAACAAGAAGCGGAACCACGACCACCACCACCACCUCCAUCAGCUGUAGCUCCUUCAACGUACAUGCAUCAACCAGGUCCACAUGCACCGCCACUGCCGCCAUCAUCCAUGUUACCUAUCCCAAGUGGAUCGCCGUUUAUAAAUUUCGAACCCAUGCCGGGUGUACCGCCAAUGAAUUUCGAACCCAUGCCGCCGCCAGCGUCGUCGCACAUCCUACCUCCAGCCGAUUAUUCCUCCGGUCCCGUCAUGUACAAUCAGCCGAAUGUCGUACCACCACCCCCGCCAUCGGCGAUCUGUCCAUCUUUACUCCCUGCGCCGGUACCCUCGCCACAACCCGUACCCGCACCGGUGAUGGAUCAUACACAGAUACCAUAUAAUCCUUCGCACACUAUGUCCUCUGUCCGACGAUCGCCGAUUCAUCAAUUUGAAUCUUUGAGCAAAUCUUCAAAUCACUCAACUGCACCGUCCACGUCGUCGCAGAAUUACGCGGAACGUGGAUCGGCAACAUCGUACACUGAAUUUCAUGCACCGCACGAGGAACGAAUGAAAACACCCGAACCACCGGUCAUCUCAAAACCAAAACCAAAAACCAGCUUAUCCAGUCUACUAGAAGCGUCUGUUUCAGCCAAAGAUCCGUCUAAUAUACCGGUACUAUACCCAGGAUUCAAGCCUGAAAUAAUGCGGCAUUGCGAACAAGCGCUGUGCCAGCUUCCACUUGAGGAUCCACGUUUAAAGAUGAAGGGCAGAUUUUUCUAUGAUCGCAACGAAGAAGACCAUACGAAAAAUGACGCCGAGGACCAUACAUCGAAUUCGAUACUUCUUCAGAAAGGCAAAACCAAGAUAUUUUGGGAAGAGAGCAACGUGGAACAACAGAUACCGAUUCCGAAAUCGACAACUCAAAUGCAUCAGAAGAUCUGUCAAACAGAUGAAUUGGAAACGGAAACGAAGGGCGUGCAAGUAUAUGUCACCAUGGUUAAUGUCGAAACACAGGUUUAUUCGCACGAUCUGCCGCAAAUAAAGGAAGAAAAGCGACCGAUAAUGGAUCGUCUUGAUUGGAACGUACGGGAAACAUACGAAUAUGCUCCCAAGUUUCAUGAAGUAGAGGAUCUCAGAUGGAGUCUAAGUAAUUCUUCGCAGAGACGUUCUUGGAACAGGCAAACGUCUCCUUCUAGAAGAUCCGCCGACGAGCACGAACGUGUAGAUUCCAUGGAUCAUGGAUCUAGAGAUCAUGCGUCUAGAAGCCUGAGAUUAGAAUCUCCUGUUAGAAGUAGAGAUGAUUUCUCCGCUCAUAAUGCACGUGAUCAUUAUAAUCAUAACAGAUAUUCACCAGAUUAUCAUAGACGUUCUAUGGAACGCGACGAUUUCCAUGACAGAAGGAGCGAUCAUAGCCGCGGAGAGAGCCCGAUGGAAUUGGAAGAAUCCGACGAUGAGUUAGUGGAUGACCAUACAUUCCAAAGAGAACACGAUUGGCAUGGAAGAGGGAAGAGUUUAAGAGGCAAAAGUCAUGUUUUGAGAGGAAAGCACUUGGGAGGAAGACCUUAUCGGAGUCGUGGAAGCUUUCGGGGCAAGUUUUAAGACUAUUAAUUAUACGUACAUCGAAUAGUACAUCAUGUCAACAAUGAUAUAGACAACUUCAAUGACUUUCAUGUUAAUAAUCUAUAUGUAUAUUGAAAGCUACAAGGAAUAUUAUGUUAAACAUGUGAUCGCAAUACCAUAAACUGUUAUUCUGUGAUACUAUGUACACGGAACUUAAUUAAUAUCAAAAAAGUGAAAAGAGAUAAAUAUUUAAGCAUGAAUUCAUAGUGAGUUCAAAAUGAAGAGAACUAUAAAAUAUGCUCAAACAUUUCUGUAUAAGUGUGUUUAACCGUCAAAGGAUAGUGCAUAUCACGCCGAUAAUGGAAAAUAGUGCUCGAGAAAAAAAAAACAUCACAUUGUCAUCUCCUUUUUUACGUUGCAAGAAUUCACAAUAAUAUUAUAUCUUGUAACAUGUAUCAUAAUAUUGUAAUAUUGCAUAUUACGCAAUGAUAAAUACUGUUCGAUUAUUGUCAUUUUUAUUGUAUAUUUAUAUAUGCAAAACUGGCUUUAAUAUGACAGUUUAAUAAAAAAAAGUAUAUAUUCAGUAGAAAAAUAAACAAAUCUUAUAAACACACACACACACACACAGAGUAAAAACAUGACAUAUGCUAAUGUAAUAAAGAUUUACAGCAAAAAUAAUAAAGAUUAUAAAUGGAA